UUACGCAUUAUAAAAAUAUCAUAAUGAAUAUUACAUUUUUUAUUAUUUUUUCAUACAUGUUUCUAUAUUUUUGUUCUGCAGUAUUUGUAAAUCUUUCUGAUGCGCAAAUGGACGAAAUUUUUGAUGGCACCCGUGAAUAUUUGGUUAGAAAAAUGCAAGAUCUUUCAGAAAGCGACGUUGAAAAUGUUUACAAGUCUGACAUAGUGGCUUACCUAACAGGACAUUUACAUGAUGACAAACUAGGUUACAUAGACCCUGUAAGAAUAGAUGAUUUAACAGAACGUUUGCCGUCGGAUAUUCCUAUGUCAAAAAAGGAAUUUAAAAAAAUUAUGAAUAAUCACAGAUUUUCUAAUAAGCAAUUUUUCAAAAUUUAUAAAGCAGUACAAAAAGAUGCUGCCGAGGAAUAUAUACGAUUUUUCUUAAUUGAAAAAAGCAUUAGAUUGAAUCAUGAACUACCUGAACAGGAAAACGAUUUUACAAUUUACAAAUUGCCGGGUAUGCCUAUGCUAAGAGAGGACUUAAAAAAAUCACUAAAAAUAAUUACACUUGCAGAAUCGCAAUUGGACAAUAUUUGUGAUGUGGUCCUAGACGAAGAUGUUGGCAAGGAAUCAGUAAAAUAUUUUUUAAUUGGGAAAAUCGUGAGAGUAGAACAUGAACUACCUGAACAGGAAAUCCAGUUUAUAACUGCAAAAAUUCCGAAUACUACUACGCCAGAAAAAAAAUUUAAAAAAUCACUAAAAAUGUUAACAUUGACUGACGAGCAAUUUGAAGUACUUUAUGAUCUAGUAGAAGACGAUGAAAAUGGAUUUGUUACCAGGCGUACAGUAGAACGCUACUUAAGGAAGAAAAACAGUGGAUUGAAGCAUAAGCUAUCUACAUCGGAUAUCAUAUAUAUUUUUAGAAAAUUAAAUCAAUCUUGUUAUUCAAAAGACAGAUAUAUAAACUUAAUGGAUAGACCACAUUUAACUUAUUCGUAUUUAGAAGAAACGUUUUAUAUGACACCAAAAAGCGAUGUACAUGAAAUGUUGUCGGGUAUUCCUAUGACAAUAAGAGAAUUUAAAAAAGCACUAAAACUUCAAGAGUUUACUGAUGCGCAAUUGGACCGCAUUUAUUAUGGUACCACGGGUGAUGACGGAGUUAAUAAGGCUGAAUUAAAAGCUCUCCGUAGUGAAUACUGUAAUGUAUUAUCUGGAUGUGAUAAAGUGGACAGAUAUCUCAUAAAGUGCUACUUGACCGACAACUUACUCAAAUAUGGAUUAACCGAAAACACUUUGUAUAGUUUCUAUGAAAAAUUGCCGCCAAGUAAAUAUGUUAUGUCAAAAAAGGAUUUUAAAAAAAAAGCGAAAGAUAUACAGUGGGACGUAGAUAUGUAUUUGUGUAGAUUUGCCAAUGUCAAUUUGCCGCUUCUAGUUUCUGGUAAAGAAAAUAAAUUGAAGGAUGAAAACCACAAUAAGAUUUCUGGUAAAGAAAAUAAAUUGAAGGAUGAAAACCACAAUAAGAUUUCUGGUAAAGAAAAUAAAUUGAAGGAUGAAAACCACAAUAAGAAAAGCGAGAAUGAAAAGGAUGUUAUGUCAAAAUAGUAAUUCAAGAGAAGGUUUCAGAGAUUUUUUGUUAAGAAAAUCAAAUUAAUGUAAUAUUUCUAGAGUCUAUAUUUUUAUUAAAAGUUGUUCUAUUGUUGCGAUUAUAAAUUCAAGUUGAGUUUUCUCUUGUGAUAAUUUUAUUUUCAAAUGGAAUUUUUCAUUAUUACUGGAAUUACACAAUUUUCCUAAAAUAAAUUAUAAUAAUAAAUGUAAUACUUAAAUCACAAUAAUUGUUAACAUUACAAAAUCAUAA